UCUCACGGCACACUAGAUCGCAGUGCGCGCCGCUUGACGAUCAUUCCUCGAUCGCCGAUUGUUUUUUAGGCAUGUUAACGUGAAAAACAAAUAAUCCCAAUCGGCCCUGACGCAGUACAACACGAAAUCCGAAUCGGUGAUUGUUUUCAUUGACUCUUUAGAUUAGAUGUGAAGACAUUUCACGGUGAAAUAGUGCUUCUGUCCGCAUCAAAAUAAUGUUUUUCUCGAGAUGUCCUCCGAAACGCCCGAAGUAAUGACGGCAUGAAAGAAAACCUAAUUCUUCUUCUACUCCUGAUCACUGCUCGAGCCGAUAACUCCGUCCAGAAUGACCGAUGCCAAAGCAGAGUUCUUUCUCAUCCAACCAUUCCCGCCAGACUGAACCAGAACAUCACCAAGCUAGCAGAAACCAUAGACCAGAGACUGUCGCGAAGUGAGAACUUCUCUUCGGUAGCCAGGGACUUGUUUCUGGAGAACGGGGCCAUGCUAGGGGUAGCUGCUAUGUCCCCUAGCAACGAGUACGCUCUAGCGCUCAACGUUUCCAAGAGGCUCAAGAUUUUUCCCAACCGCACGGUUGAGACGGAAGUGUUUUGGACUUCUCUGAAUAUGAGCAGGAGCGGUUGGGGCAGAGCAUUCAAAGACUGUGAUUAUCUGAGGACUUGGGUUUACUGUUUUGUAUUGAAGACUUCAGGUAGAAGUGUAGGCGUUUUCGUUAAAAUCGAUGUGAACCAGUGUGACGAUAGGCAGAGGGAGAUUUUCAAUGGUACUCAUAAGUGUCAUAGGGAUACGAUGGAGUGUGUCAACGAGGAUCAUUCGGCAGAAGAGGUAGGAAGAUACCGAUGCGUGUGUCGUAAAGGCUUUUACCAUCAGAGUGCAAAUUCAUCCUGGAAGGGUUUCUCCAGCGAGGACGUGGAAGCAGGCAGAAUUGAUAAUUUACGGUGUCUACCAUGUCCCGAAGGAUGCGAAGACUGUGGCCCAUUUGGCAUCUGCAACAUCCAGAAGGAUGUCUACCUGACGACCGCCAUCUUGUGUAUUCAACUCGCUUGCAUGGCCGCCGUCGUAGUCAUGUCGCUGAUCGUCUUCAAACAACGUAAAACCAAAGCCAUCGCAACUGGUAUGUGGACCAUCUUGGAAACAAUUCUUAUAGGAAUUUUCAUCUUGUAUACAACAGUAGUUGUUAAAUCAUUCGAGCCAUCAACAGUCCAGUGUCUUUUGGAGCCGUGGUUCAGGGAAGUCGGCUUCGUCAUCUGCUACGGUGCCAUCAUCCUCAAACUGUACCGUCAUCUGAUCGAAUUCCGCACAAGAAAAGCGCACAGAUGGGUCGUCAAAGAUACCGAUCUACUCAAAUAUCUCCUCAUCAUGACUAUGUCGGUAUUGGGCUACAUGGCUGCCUAUACUUCGAUCACCCUGAACUUUAUGCAAGAAAACUACAGCCUCCUCUAUGUGGGAAGGACUCUCGAUGGUGAAAGUUACUAUGCUUGCAAGUACCUCUGGUGGGAUUACGUCACAGAAACCGGCGAAUUGAUCAUACUGAUUUUCGGGAUUCAUCUGAGUUAUGCCAGUAGGAACGCCAGAACGCAGUUUCAUGAAAGAACUUUCCUAACUGUCGCCAUCAGCCUAGAACUAGCAGUGAGCACAGUGUUCUAUAUGGCUCGCGCUGUCUUCUUACCCGGUCUACAUCCCGACACGAUUUUGAUCAUCUACUGCGUCAGGACGCAGGUAUCGCAAACCAUGGCGCUGCUGCUCAUUUUUGUACCCAAAUUCUGGUAUCAGCAGAAGCAAGUCAGGAAUCUGGCUCAAGAGUAUUCUUGCAGGUUACCGGUGGACGCUUUCAAAGAUGUCAACGCACACGGUCCACUAACGAGCAACAACAGCGACGCUGACGUCGGCGAAAUAACUCUGGCAGACAUGAGUCCUGACGAUAUCAGGGCCGAACUGAAGAGGCUAUAUCUGCAAUUGGAAAUUUUCAAGAGCAAGACCAUCUGUCGUGAUAACCCACACAUAUCGAAACGUAGAGGUGGCAGGAAGGCACAACAUAGGAGAUUCAGUUUACAGAAAAAGGGGAGUAGAGAGAAGAGGGCGGAUUCGAAAAAUUUACAUGGGAAGCAUCGGGAUAAAGAACGUCAGAAGCUGCAAGAAGAAGUGACCGAAGUAGAAGUGUCAAGAACGCCAGAGGACUCUGUAUGUAGCAACGAAGGCCCUAGCGCCAUCUACGCCGAUUUACCAUCUUCGACCAACCCUAGCGAUCACAAAUAAAUGUCCAAAGAACUAAGAUCCAAAGAUGAUAGACCAAACCAGCGAUUUAGGUUCAUAGACUUGAUUCAUAUUGCAUCAUUCUGUAGGAUAGGAAAAUUAUGUCAACACUAAACUUGAGAAUUGAUUCAGUGAACAAAUUGUGGAGGGAUUUAUUGCGUCACAUUUCCAACCACGUGAUCGCCCAAGCACCCAAAAGCCAUUUUCCAGUUCCUCAUCGUCGACGGAACCGCAAAACCAAGUAACUGACAAAAAUUGGAAAAUGAGAUUCUGGCGGCAAUCACUCGAUUGUAUUGGUAUGGACGCGUAUGCAAAACCUCUUAACAAAAAAUUCUAAAUAUUUCAAAAUCCAUAAAUACAAAACCCCUGUGUUCAAUUACUAAAUCUCUGCUAAUUGGUGAGUUAAUUUCUAUAGAACAAAUAUGUAAAACAUUGUAUUCUUAUUGUUCCCAAUUUCAGGAUAAUACGAAUUUAUCAUAAGUAUUUGUUAAACGGACAAUCUAGGAACAUGAACUCACGUGUUUUUGCGAGUUACCCAUUCUGAAUUAUUGUUCCUUGUUUUUACGCACAGAAGCACGUGAAAAACCAAGAAUCUACUCUGAAAACAAUACAAUUU